UUGUUAGCUGUUUAGCAAACUGUUUUUGAGUAAACUAAGUUGUAAAAUUGAAUCAAGUAUAAAAUUAAUAUUAUACCGUAAUGGCCGAUUCAACGAAUACGGACAUUUCCAAAAUGAAGGUUGUGGAUUUACGUAAAGAGUUGAAGGCACGUGGAUUAUCAUAUACCGGCGACAAGAAAGAGCUUGUAGCAAGACUCCAAGCGGCGACUGUUCAAGAGGAUCACGGUGAUAUCAAUUUAGAUUCUGACGAAAUUGACUCUGAUGGUGUACUGGAUGACGAUGAUGAUAAGACUCACGCGGAUAUUUUGGAUGAUACUGCUACCGAUACACUCAAUGAAGAUUUGGUGCUUGAAGAAAAUUCACCUGAAAAACAAACCCCUGAGACUAAACCUCAGAGGAUUCUUAAACGAAAAAUUACCCCAGAGACACAAAAAGAACAGUCAUCAACUGAGAGUAAAGAUGUAGCCUCAAAGAAAAUUGUUUUAAACAGGACAAUUUCCAUGUCAUCUAGCUCUUCUAAAACAACUGAAAAAAAAGAUGAGGAUGAAAGUAACGCUACAACGGAAACUCCAUCUGAUAGUAAUUCUAUUAAGAUAACUUCAGAUCUUGACUUGAAAACACGGUUAGAACUGAGAGCAAAGCGCUUUGGUCUUCCUGUUAAAAUUUCUGACGAAGCAAGGAAGGAGGCAAGAAAACAAAGAUUUGGGCAAAGUACAAACACUACAACUGAAACGUCUAAAGUGACUAUACCUGGAACACUAUCAGACACUUUAGACAAACUUAAAAAACGAUCUGAAAGAUUUGGACAAUCUGUCUCCACACUCAUGAUAGACAUUGAGAAUAAAGAGAAAUUAGAAAAAAGAAAAGCCAAAUUCGGUACUGUACAGUAAACGUUAUAAUAUUGUAAAAUCAUAGUUUAAGAUUACUUAACUUUUCAUUUUUAAUUUCUUACUUUAUAAUUUAGUGUUAAGGUUUUCAAUAAAGUAUAUUGAAACUUAUUCAAUAUUUAAUUAUAGUGCUCCUAGAUUGAAGGAAACUAAAAAUCGGUUGUAAUUAUCAACUAAUACAAAAAUAAAUCUUAUUGACUGAA